GGAAAUUCCCACGAAGAAGAGACUGUCGGUUUUCAUUCAUGCUUAUUAGAAGUUCUUGCUGAACACAGCAGUAUGGAUCCGGUAUAUGGUCCACUGGGCCUGGGUGUAGUGGCUGGAUUGAGCUGUGGACUCUUUUUUGGAUGGCACCUUCGCUCCCGCUUUGGUCCCACAUCCCAGAACCUGAUGAAAGUGAUGGGGAACGGCACCAAAGAAGCCACCGUGAUGGGAGAGGGAGGCGAGUUCAAGAUGGUCCUGGUGGUCCGAAACGACCUGAAAAUGGGCAAAGGGAAGGUUGCCGCCCAGUGCUCCCAUGCUGCUGUAGCUGCAUAUAGGCAGGUUCAGCGCAGGAACCCUGAGCUGCUCAAACAGUGGGAAUACUGCGGCCAGCCCAAGGUGGUGGUGAAGGCCCCCGAUGAAGACACCCUGAUUGAUCUGCUGGGCCAUGCCAAAGAAGCGGGGCUCACAGUGAGCCUCAUUCAGGAUGCAGGAAGGACACAAAUUGCACCCGGCUCCCGCACUGUGCUGGGAAUCGGUCCAGGCCCAGCUGAUCUGAUUGACGAUGUCACCGGAGAACUGAAACUCUAUUAAGAGUUUCUACUUUCAUGUGUAACAACAAAGAGACCGUUUUUGUUGGAACAAUUCACAAUACAAACCUGAACCGAAGUUUACUUUGAGUACAUUUGCCUCACCUCCAUGCAUACGUGUAUUCAUUUAUAUGAAACAGUAAAAA